AACAGCGGCUUACAUAGUUCCCGAAAUCGGAUGACCCGAGACCCGCAUCUGGCGCCGACCGAAACCCUCGCCAUUCAAAGACGGGAGAGCUCUCCCAACCACAAUUCACAACCUCUAGGUUUUUGUUUGCCUUCCCUUUCUGUAAAAUACGCAGACACACUAGAAGGAGAAUCAAACAACGCAGGUCUGGUGCUCAAGUUGGAUCAGAUCACAGAUAUGAGGCGUCCAGGAUAUGGUGAUUCAAGUGGCAAUGCAUAUGUAACAUCACAGCUGCAACGUAUGUCUGGUCAGAGGAUGGAGCAUAAGUCUGGUCACUACCAAGGACGGCCAGAGUUGUUGGCCUCUGAGAAAGAGCAUCCAUACGGAGCUUCAAAACCAGAGGGACAAUGGAGGUGGCAAAGGGAUGAAUCUAAAGUGCCAAAUGCAAUGUCAUCUCACAUGUUCAAUGAAGGGCAUGCAGUUGAUGAAUCUAGGUCAUAUUAUGAAGGCCAAAGGCAAGAUCCCAAAUUGGCUUUAGAAAAACAAGGCAACAAUGAAACUAGAUCUCAUCCACUUGAAGAAGAUAUGAACAUAGGGUAUGAGGACAAUCCUUUGUCACAGACUUAUGAAGGUCUUGAGCAGAGAUUCGUUGAUGACAUCAUGAAAUUGUCCAAGGAACAAGCUGAUGCAGAGGAUGCAGAAAAUGCAAGGCAUAGGGAGAAAAUAAACACCAUAAAUGCCCAAUACCAAGAACAACUAGCAGCACUUCGAGCUCGAUACACCAAUCGUCGAGAUGAGUUCAUCCGGAGGGAAUCCCAUGCAAGACAACAGCAGUACCAACAGGCUAUGAUGGACCAGUAUUCAGGUGGCAUAGGCGGCCCUAGCGAGGUUCGUGGCUAUGGUGGAGCUGGAGCUGCAGCCGGCGAACCGCACCGAGCCUAUAAUGCAGACCGCUAUGACACCUACAGAGAGCGGGCACGAUUUAUCGGGGGCACUAGGGAUCAUGAGUUCGAGUCGAGAGGAGGUCCAUACCCCGGAGGCCGUGUUUACAAUGCCGGCGGCUCUCGAUACUACUAAUCUAAUAAGUAACUAGGCAUAUAGAACUCUUGAGGCUGUUUCCUUUGUGCACCCGUAUCCCGCACCUUAACUAAUCCUGUGCUGUUUGGAGCCAUUUCAAAGGAAGAGUAGAGAGUAUUACGAUGAUGAUUUGCAAUGUAAUCUUAUUAUUUGUUGGUAUCUCAUGUUAUCCGCGUUUACAUUCUUUUUUUGGAGUAGUAGUUGUGGAGAUGUUUCAUUUCGAUGACA